AUGUGUAGCUUCCCAGACAGUAAUCAACAAAAGAGUGGACAGUUGACCCAAUUGUCUAAUGACACGAACGACUUUUUAAAGGAGGAAUCGAUCAAGGAUGUAUCCAAUUUGCUUGAGAUAAAUAAGGCUGGAAUAUGUGUUUGCUUGGCAACUAUAGAAGAUAUUGAUAUUCAAUACAAUUGGUACUAUGAUGCUUGCAAAAGAUGUAAUAAUGGAUUGGUUAAAGAAGGUGAUGUAACUCGAUGUAGGAAGGAAAAUCAUGUUGUGAAAUCUACCAUCCCGAGGUUCAAGAUCAAAUUCAUCGUAUCGGACAAGACUGCAGAUGCUUCUUUCUUAAUGUUUGAUAAAGAAGUAUCUAAAUUGGUUCGUAAGACAGCCAAAGAAAUACUUGACUUGCAAGGUAAGGAUGCUAUUGAAACUACAUUUCCAGAAGAAUCCAAGUUUUUCCUUGGCAAAAGAUAUUUGUUCAGAGUGAAGGUUCCAAAUAACAAUGCAGUAGAUGAAAAUUCGACAUACACUGUUGUAAGCACAACUGAGACAAAUGGAUGGGACUGUAUAUAA